AUGUCAGGUGGAGUUGGUCCAACCUGCAGUGACAUUAGUCUCCCCAAAGAACAAGAACAUGAAUUCAAGGAACACAACGACCAAACCUCCUCAAAACUCACCUCCCACCAGACGUUCCCAUCUUUACACUCCGGCGCCACCGCCUCUCCGCUCAAAGCCGGUGGCGGUACGUUCUCCUUCCGGCAACUCAACGCCCUCGCCGUCGUCGUCGUCUUCUCCGCCAGCGGCAUGGUAAGUCCCCAAGACUUUGCCUUCGUUGUCUUCUCCAUGAUCUACAUGAACUUCAUCUCCAAAGUUGCUUUCCCCGCCCUCAGUUCCUCUAAAGACCCCACAGUUUUCAACCCAAAAAACAAAAUCCUCCGCCUCUACGUCCUAACGGGGGCCAUCAUCGGCCUUCUGCUCCCCAUUGCCUACAUUUUUGAGGGCAUUUUCGAAGGCGAUAAAGAAGGCAUCAGCGCCGCUUCCCCGCACGUUUUUCUCCUCGCAAGUCAGGUGUUCAUGGAAGGAAUGGCUUUCGCCGACCGGUUCUCGACGCCCAUACGUGUUUUCGUGCCGGUUUUCUACAAUUCCAGGAGGAUAUUCACCAUUGUGGAGUGGCUGAAGAGUGAGUUUUCCAAAGAAUACGAGGAGUAUGGUGGAUCUGCAAGAAGAUUGUACGUUGGGAGAGGACUUGCUAUUGCUAACAUGGGGUUUUGGUGCUUCAAUUUAUUUGGGUUCUUGUUGCCUAUCUAUCUUCCUAGGGCUUUCAAGAAGUAUUACUCUGCCCAUAAACUGAAAGACUAUUGA